UACAAAAACACUUCUUUGUAUUUUCCUAUGUUGUUAACAGGUCUGUCUAUGUUUUUUCCUUUUUGCCGGGGUUCUUUUCAGUUUUCAGACCCUUCAACAUCCUAACUCCUAGUUUCUCUGCCGUUUCUCGAUUCUCUCCGUCUUUUCUUCUUCAAACCUCUGUCUUUCCAGCUUCCCAGUCAUCAAUUCCAUGCAGUUUUGCACCAGAUAAGUACCUUUAACUUCGUUCACUGAGUACCCUUCAAGAAAAGCUUUUUUAUUUCUGUUUCUUCUCGACCCUUUAACCAUUUCCCUUUUUUAACUUAUGGGUUAUUGAUUUUGAACCUUUUACCUUUCUUGUUGUGUGAAAGUUAGUUCCUUUUUGUCUUUUUGGUCACUGAAUUAGAGGUAUUGUAUUUGUCUCUCUAUAAUGUUUUUUUUUUUUUUUUGUUAUGGUUAGAUUGUUGAUUGAUUAUGUUUGAUUGUAUAUUAUGUGAAAAAAUUGUUAUGGGUUUUGAAAUUUAGGUUUUGGUGUGUAAUGGGUUUGGUAGUUUGAUUUGAUCUAGGUUGUUGUUUUUUGUUUGUGAGAAAAAAAAAAUGGAUGUGAAUUUGUCACAAGGUGGUGUUGGAAAUUCUUUUGGUGGGUUUGAUUUACCUGGAUCAAUUCAGGUUCAUCAUCAAGCACACCAUCCUCACACCAUUCAUCAACAUCAACCUCACCCGAAUCCGCGUCAAGGGUCUUCGCUACAUUCGUCGGUUCAUGAUGGGUUUUCGCUCUUGCAGAACUGUGAUCAAACUGUUUCGAUGACGGAUUACAGUAAGGGAGAGAGAAGUAAGAACUCGACUAGUGAUGAGGAUGAGCCGAGUUUUAACGAGGAGGGUUUUGACGGUCAACAUGAAGGGGGUAGAGGUAAGAAGGGACCUUCGUCGCCUUGGCAGCGUGUGAAGUGGGAUGAUAAGAUGGUGAGGCUUAUGAUUACUGCUGUUUCGUAUAUUGGCGAGGAUAUAACGUCUGAUGGUGGCGGUGGUGGUGGUGGACGAAGGAAAUUUACGGUUUUACAGAAGAAGGGUAAGUGGAAAUCUGUAUCUAAGGUUAUGGCUGAAAGAGGUUAUCAUGUUUCGCCGCAACAAUGUGAGGAUAAGUUCAAUGAUCUUAAUAAAAGGUAUAAAAAGCUUAAUGAUAUGUUAGGGAGAGGGACUUCUUGUGAGGUUGUUGAAAAUCCUUCGCUUUUGGAUGUAAUUAAUUUUCUUACCGAGAAAGAGAAGGACGAUGUUCGGAAAAUAUUAAGCUCGAAACACUUGUUUUAUGAAGAGAUGUGUUCUUAUCAUAAUGGUAAUAGGUUGCAUUUGCCGCAUGAUCCUGCAUUGCAAUGUUCGAUGCAGUUAGCUCUCCGAAAUAGGGAUGAUCAUGAUCAUGAUAACGAUGAUAUCAGAAUGUCCCAUGUCGAGGAUCACGAUGAUGACGAGCAUGAUGUUGAAAUUGAUGAACGCGAUGAUUUUAAAGUGCACUGUGCUUCCCGUGGUGAUAGCAGAGGAGUAUAUGAGCGGUUAGGUGGAUCUAUGAAGAACUUGAAACAAAUCCAAGGCCAAGAAGAUGGUAAUACUUCAAAUUGUCAAGAUUAUUUUAACCAAGGUUUGCAUCCACGUGGACAAACGGUUCCUCUUGACGGUAAUCAAGUUUUAUCCGAAAACACGAGAGCAACAUGGUUACAGAAGCAAUGGGUUGACAUGCGCCAAGUUCAAUUAGAAGAGCAAAAGCUACAAAUUCAGGCUGAGACGUUGGAAUUAGAGAAACAAAGAUUCAAGUGGCAGAGGUUUAGUAAGAAAAAGGACCGGGAGUUGGAGAAGAUGAGUCUAGAAAACGAAAGAAUGAAGCUUGAAAAUGAACGCAUGGCUUUAGAAUUGAAGCGAAAGGAAAUGGGCAUCAGCUUUAACUAGCGUUGUAGCGCUGCUGGAACGGAUAUUUGACAACAAUGCAUGUUCAAUACAUGAAUGCCAUUCAAGCUUGAAGGAUGGAAACAGUAUAAGUAGGAGUUGUGAGAAUUGGUGUCUUUUCAGUGUUCUGCAAUUCAUGCUAGAAAGUGUAAACAGAAGGAUUCAUUCUAGUUUGUAUCAAAUGUCAAGAACCAAAUCUUCCUAAAAUCUUACACCAUAAGUGAAGGGCCCAUAAUGAAUUUUAUCCUUAAACCACAUGUACAAUGUGAUUUUGUUGAACAAAGUGUAGCUUUUGCCUUGAUUCUGGCAACCUCACCACCUAUUCCAUAUUCCUUCCGCAGCUAUUUAUAAGUAAAAAAAAACAUAGAUUUUUUAAUUACAAAUUAUAAGAAAAAAGAACACCAACUUUAUUCUAAAAAUACAU